GGCCAAAGGGAAAGCUCCAGUGAUUUUCUCCAAUUUUUCUUGAUUUUCAAGCCUGGAAAUUGAUGGAAUUAGUGACAUGUCCAAGAAGCCGAACUUUUUGAGUAUCUCCGCAAAGAAUAAGACCAGGCAACCACAGUUGACGGCGUUUAUCAAAAGAAUUCCCAAAGGACAAGUGGAAGACAAGCCUCCCAUUGAAUCCUCGAAUCCUGAUAAGAGCGGAUUGGUUAGCAAGAGUGUGCUGAAAGAGAAUUUGGAUUUGCUGAAUGCUUCGAAGGAGGCGAGCGAUGAAGGCUCCCCGAGUCUCUUGAGCACGAAACCGAGGAAGAAGUUUCAGCCGAAGGUGCCCAGAAGGAUGGAAUGUAUAGAGAUCAGCGACGACGACAGCUCAAGGAAGAGCACUCCGGUCAGGAUCGAAAGUACACCUCCGGGAAGGGAGGAUAGAGUCAGCAGGACCGACUUUGAAUCCCUGUUGAUCAAAUAUGGGGUGACUGAUGCAAAAACAAAGACGACUCUCGAGAAAACUCCUCCCAAGAUCGACAUUUCCAAGUCAUUGGAGAGACUUUCCGAUGACUUAAUGAGCAGUAAUGAGAAAUAUGCGUCGGCAAUGAAGAAAGUGCAGGAGAAUCUGCAAAAAAUACCAGCUGAAAGGGAGAGCGUGAAAAGAACUCUUCAGCUGGAUAACUGUAAAUCUCCGCCCAAGGAUGACUUAGAUAUGCUCUGCAUGGCUGCGACUCCUCCUGCCCUGUCUUUGGCGAAACCUCAGCUGAAGAUGCAGUUUGACCCCACUUUAGACGACUUUGUCACGAGGACGAAAAAUCGCAGAGAGCUCACGGAGGAUGGAGUCAUGAACAGGGAUAAACUAAAAGAUAUUUACAUUGAAACCAUGGAAAGAUACUGCAAAAUCAUGGACAGAAUUCCAUUACAUCACUUCAAGACAAUCGAAGGAUUCCAGACAAUCACGUUCGCCAAACUGAAAGCUCUCAGAAACAAGGUGGAAAGCAAGUUAAGAGAAUGCGCCGUUCCUGCUCUUCAGAGUAUUCAGGAUGAUGUCGACAUGCAGCCAACGCCAAACGGCUCGGGAUCUGUGUUAGAAUCUCUCUAUGGUGGAGCUGCAGAGUCUUCCGUAACGUCUGGUAUAAAGAGAAAAUUCACGCCGAAGACGAAGAGAAGCGAUGUUUUGUCGAUUAUGGACGAACCUGUGAACAGUGAUUUCUUAGGAGAUGACGAGAUCGACGAACUGAUGGGACAAGUUGAGGAGGAGUCUCUGAAAGAUCAAAGUCGGUUUUCGAUGUACAAUGACAAGAAAGUUAAGGAUUUCGAUCCUGUGUCGAAGACCAGCGGAACGCAGUGGAUAGACAAUGCCUUUACGGAGGUGGAUGACGAUGGGUGGCAGAAGUACUCAAUUGAGGACUUCACAGAAGCGCCCAGUACCAGCAAAUCGUUCAUUCCGGCGGGCAAAGAGGGUUUCGUGAGUGCCAAGACGGUGAGGCAGCAAGAGACGGAGACGCAGUACAUCAUCGACAGCUGUCUGAGUCCCACGGAAGAGAAAUUGGAGAUUAAGUAUGCCAAUGUGAUGGGAAACUUCCACGCUGGCGUGAGGAAUGACGGAACGACUGGAGAAUUCGACUCACAAUCCUACAGUCAUUCCAAUGAGAUGCAGAGAAAGUUCAGGGAUGUUUUCGGGUUGCGUGAAUACAGACCCAAUCAGUUGCAAGUGAUUAAUGCGACGCUCCUGGGCAUGGAUUGUUUCGUCCUCAUGCCCACAGGAGGUGGGAAGUCGCUCUGCUAUCAGCUGCCCGCUGUUAUGGCUGAAGGAGUGACAAUAGUCAUCAGCCCGCUAAAGUCUCUGAUUCACGAUCAAUGCAACAAGCUCUCUUUCUUGGACAUAAAUGCCAAGCAUAUGUCGGGAAAUAUUUCCUGGCAAGAGACUCUCGCCAUAUUCAAGGAUCUGGAGUGCAAUCCGCCCAAGAUUAAACUAUUGUAUGUUACACCUGAGAAGAUCAGCGCUUCGGACCGCGUGAAGCAAAUGCUAGACAAGCUGUACAGUCGUGGACACAUUGCUCGAUUUGUGAUUGACGAAGCGCAUUGUGUCUCUCAAUGGGGGCACGACUUCAGGCCUGACUACAAGAGACUGAACCUGCUGCGACAGAGAUAUCCAAGCGUGCCGAUGAUCGCUCUCACCGCCACAGCCACGCCACGAGUGAGGAUCGACAUCCUGAAGCAAUUGGAAAUGUCAAAAUGCAAGUGGUUCCUCUCCAGCUUCAACAGGCCGAAUCUCAAGUACAUUGUGAUGCCCAAGAAAGGCACCUCGACGAUUGGGGAGAUCAUCAAUUUGAUCAAGAGCAAGUACAUGACGAAGAGCGGGAUUGUAUAUUGUCUGUCGCGCAAUGAGUGCGACACGAUGGCUACUAAGCUGAAAGAGGCGGGCAUCAAGGCGAAGAGCUACCACGCGGGCCUCAGUGAUCUAACCAGGGAAAGCGUGCAGCAGGAGUGGGUCACGGAGUUCGUUAAAGUCGUGUGUGCCACUAUCGCAUUCGGGAUGGGCAUCGAUAAGCCAGACGUUCGGUAUGUGCUGCACUACUCGAUGCCUAAGUCCAUUGAGGGAUACUACCAGGAGUCCGGAAGAGCGGGAAGAGACGGCGAUUUGGCCACCUGCAUUCUCUAUUACAACUACAGCGACAUGAGGCGGUACAUGAACAUGCUGGACAAGGAUACAAGCAUCGCAUUCGACGUGAAGCAGGUGCACAUUCAGAAUCUCUACCGGAUUGUCGCUUACUGCGAGAACAUGACGGAUUGCAGGCGUUCACUGCAGCUGAAUUACUUCGCUGAGCACUUUACGCGCGAGCAGUGUCUGCAGAAUCGCCAGAGCGCCUGCGAUAACUGCCUGAAGAUCGGAGAGUACGAGACCAUUGAUGCCACGAAUAUGGCCAAGGAGGUUGUGAGGUGCGUGAGAGAUUUGUGCAGCGGAAGCAAUCGGUUCACAUUGUUGCAUCUCGUGGAGGUGUUCAAGGGGAGCGAGAAUAAGAAGAUCAAGGACAACAAUCAUCACCAGAGCAGAUACCACGGUUGCAUGGCUGACUGGGAUCGCAAUGACAUCAAUCGACUGUUGCACAAAAUGGUCCUGGAGAGUUACUUGAGGGAAGAGAUUAUCUUCUCGAACGACAUUCCGCAAGCGUAUGUUCGCAUUGGACCGGUGAUCCAGCAACUGAUUGAUAAGAAAGUGACGAUAAUGUUUGCGCGCAACAAGAAGAAGGAAGGCGCCAAGAAGGAGAAGCCCAAGCUCGAGGAAGUGUUUGUGUCUUCCCUUGAGGACUCGGAACUCGGCAAGGAGCUCCUGGAUCUCGAGGAGAAGUGCUAUAAUGAUCUGCUGGAGAAGCUGAAGAUUCUUGCGGCGGAGCAUCACGUGCCAAUUGCCAGUCUGAUCAACAUGCAGACCAUCAAGCAAAUGUCCAAAGUGAUGCCGGCCACAAAGGAGGAGAUGAUGCGACUGCCUCACAUCACAGCGGCUAAUUUCGAGAAGUUUGGAAAGCUGUUGCUAGAGAUUACGCAAAAUUACGCAGCUUUCAAGAUUUCCAUCAUGAUCGACGCUAAGGAGCAGAGCCAGGACACCUUUGAUGAGGAGGACGGUGAGACCAACUGGUCUGAGCUGGCGCUGGAGGGAAGACUAAGUGGACAGAAGAGGAAGAGAUCCUGGGGAGGAGCUUCGAAGAAGCGCUUCCGGCGAACUGUUCGCAAGAAAGCAUCGCCCAAAAAGAGGGCCACGAAGAAGAGAUCGCCGAAAAAAGCGUCACCGAAGAAAUUGGCCAGGACAGUGGCCACGGCGGGCAGAGGAGGCAAGACCAGCUCGGCACGUGCAGGACCAUCGCGAUCUCUUCAGCUCAUGCCGCUACCAGGAUCCAGUAGAAAGGGUUAGGGAUUGAGUACCUUCGUUUAAUAAAUGCUUCUAUAAAUUAGUAUUUGAUACAAUGCCC